UUUAAAAGUGCCUUAGCAAGCAGUCUAUAUGCCACAGAAAAACAUUUCAAGAUAUAUCUCUACCUUUCGUCAGUUCCCAGUCAACAUUCAUAGAGUUCGAACAUUCUCGGUAAAAGUUUUAUGGACGCAAAAUUAAAUGUUCUUUCGGCCAACAAAGAAUAAUGCAAUCAAAUCGAGUUCUUUGUAUCCGGAAAAGCCAUUCUUGGCCAAAACUGGGAAAGUGUGAGGUCCGGCGUACAUUUUGCAUUUUCGAUAAGGAAUCGCUGGCGAAUGUGCAGGCGGAAGGCGCGGACAAUCUAAGAAAACAUGAGGCAAACGGAAAACCGAUUAAAGUCAAACCGGCGGUACCCCCAAAACCAAAGCGAAAGGUAAAAUUGGUGGUUAGACAAAACCAAGAAAUAGUGCCACCAGAGAUCAAGAACGAAGCAAUGAUGAUAGCAAAACAAGAAAAGCCUCUGGUUUUCGUAAAACUAGAGGUCAAGCCAGAGGCAAUGCCACAGACAAAACCGGAGGAUAUUUUGCAGAUUAGACCGGAGGUUAAGUCGGUGUUCAAACCAGAGGUUAAAGGAGUUUCAGUCCGUAAGUCAGAACCAGGUCAAGGACCGCUAGAUUAUCCCAGAGUUAUACCACCAGCUAAGACGGCGUUUUACCCUGAGGUUAAACCUGAAGUUAAGUCGCAGACAAAACCAGAUGUUAUACCUUCAACCAAAUCACGGGUUAUACUGCAUGCCAAAACAAGGGUUAUAAAGCAGACCAGUGCGGUUGUUAUUUCAAUGCCAGGGAAUAGAGUUGAAGGAAAAGCUAAACCUACCCGGAAGGUUGUGGUUAGAUUUCAGGCUACAUUACAAGUUAGAAGACAGACUGCUACUAUUACUACGACAGAGAGUAAGCCUAAACAAGUUACUGAACCAGAGAUUAUAAGGCAGACUGGUGGCGCUAAAGUUCAAGCGGCUCAACCAGGAGUGGAAUCGAACCACGACAUGAAAUUUAAUCCCCGUCAUUUACCAAAGUCGAUACCGUUUUGCGAAACAAAGGUUAAAAUGCAGUCUCAAGGCUUGGCCAUCUCUAAGGCAGAUAAUAAACCUAGGCCAGCUACUUUACCAGAAUUUGUAAGGCAGACUGGCGAAGCAAAUAUUCCUAGGCCAGAAGUUGAACCGAAUCCCCAGGCUAUUCCAGGGCUUAUACCACCAGGCAAACCGGAGGUUAUCUUUAAGCCAGAGAAUAAAUCUGAACAAGGAGCUGAACAAAUCCAAUGGACUGACCUCGUCAAGGCAGAAACAAAGAUUAAAUCAGAAGAUAAAUUGAAGCAAGAGGUAAUUUUUAAACCAGAGCCUAUUCCAGAUGUUCUUUCGCUAGGAAAACCAAAAGUCUUAAUCCAGUAUAAAGAGGUUAUCUCUAAACUAGAGAAUAUAUUUAAACAAAGAACUGAUAUCCCAAGGGCAGAGAAUAAUACUAAAUUAGAAGCUAAAUUAAACGAAGAGGUUAGUUUUACACCGCGGCUUGUACCGGAUGUCCUAUCGCUUAGAAAACCAGAGGUUAUAAUGCAGUCUAAAGUGGAUAUAUCUAAGCCUGAGAAUACACUUGUACUAAAAGCUGAACCAAGUCAGGUCCUAAAGGCAGAGAAUAAGAUUGAAUUAGAAGCUAAAUUGAAUGAAGUAUUUUUUAAACCACGGCUUGUACCAGAUGUUCUCUCACUUACCAAGCCAGAGGAUAUAUUGCAGUCUAGAGAGGUUGUUAUCUCUAAUAAAGAGAAAUUAAAACUAAUUGCUGAACCAAGCCAAGAGACUGAUAUCCAAAAGGCAGAGAACAAGUUUAAUUUAGAAGCUAAAUUAAAUGAAGAAGUAUUUUUUAAGUCACGGUUUAUACCAGAUGUGCUUCCGCUUACCAAACCAGGGGUUAUAAUGCAGUCUAAAGAGGUUGUUUUCUCCAACCCAGAGAAUAAAUUUAAACUGAACGCUGAACUAAGCCGAAAGACUGAUAUUCUGAGAGCAGAGGAUAAUAUUAAUUUGGAAACUAAAUUGAAUGAAGAAGUAUUUUUUAAACUACGGUUUACACCAGAUGUUUUCUCGCAUACCAAAACGGAAGAUGUAAUGCAGCCUAAAGAGGCUGUUAUACCUAAGAAUAAGAAUAAGGUUAAACUAAGGGCUGAACCAAGCCAAUUCACUGAUAUCCUCAAGCCAGAAAAUAAAACUAAAACAGAAGCUGAAUUGAAUCAAGAGGUAAUUUUUAAGCCACGGCUUAUACCACAUCUUCUUUCGCUUACCAAACCAGAAGUUAUAACGCAGUCUAAAGAGGUUUUUAUCCCUAAGCCAAAGAAUCUGUUUAAACUAAUAGAUGAACCAACCAGACGAACUGAUUUUGUUAAGGCAGAUAAUAAGCUUAAAUUAGAAGCUAAAUUGAACGAAGAGGUGAUUUUUAAGCCACGGCUUAUACCAGAGGACCUGUCGCUUAGAAAACCAGAGGUUAUAAUGCAGUCUAAAGGGAAUAUCUCUAAGCCACAAAAUGCAUUUAAACGAAAAGCGGAACCAAGUGAAAUGACUGAUUUCCUCAAGCCAGAAUAUAAGACUAAAUCAGAAGCUCAGUUUAACCUAGAGGUAAUUUUAAAACGACAAACUAUACCAGAUGUUCUUUCGCUUAGAAAACCAGAUGUUAUAAUGCAGUCUAAAGAGGUUGUUUUCUCCAACCCAGAGAAUAUAUCUAAACUGAACGCUGAACUAAGGCGAAAGACUGAUAUUCUGAGAGCAGAGAAUAAUAUUAAAUUAGAAGCUAAAUUGAAUGAAGGAGUAUUUUUUAAACCACGAUUUACACCCGAUGUUUUCUCGCAUACCAAAACACAGGACUUAAUGCAGCCUAAAGAGGUUGGUAUAUCUAAGAAUAAGAAUAAGGUUAAACUAAUGGCUGAACCAAGCCAAGUCUCUGAUAUCCUCAGUCCAGAAAAUAAAACUAAAACAGAAGCUGAAUUGAACCAAGAAGUAAUUUUUAAACCACGGCUUAUACCACAUCUUCUCUCGCUUACCAAACCAGAAGUUAUAGCGCAGUGUAAGGAGGUUUUUAUACCUAAGCCAAAGAAUCCGUUUAAACUAAUAGAUGAACCAACUAGACGAACUGAUUUUGUUAAGGCAGAUAAUAAGAUUAAAUUGAAUGCUAAUUCAUGCGAAGAGGUGAUUCUUAAACCACGGCUUGUACCAGAGGACCUGUCGCUUAGAAAACCGGAGGUUAUAAUGCAGUCCAAAGAGAAUAUCUCCAAGCCACAAAAUGCAUUUAAACGAAAAGCGGAACCAAGUCAUGUGACUGAUUUCUUCAAGCCAGAAUAUAAGACUAAAUUAGAAGCUCAGUUGAACCUAGAGGUAAUUUUAAAACGACAGACUAUGCCAGAUGUUCUUUCGCUUAACAAACCAGAGGUUAUAAUCCAGUCUCAAGAGGUUGCCAUUUCCAACACAGUAAUUAAACCUAAUCAAGAAGGUCAACAAAACUGGGAAAUCAGCGAAGUGUGGGAUAUAUUUAAGGCGACGGGUAGAAUCAAUCCAGAAGAUGAGGCUAAGUUGAGGACUCAUUUAGAUUCUUACGACUACCCUGAUCUCGCGAAUAUAGAUUUGACGCCUGAAGAAACAGACGAGUUUAUUCUAUAUUGUAAAGCCAGACGCUACCUUUACCAUCGGAACACCGAGAAAAUGUUCCGUGAACUGGAGGGGAUGCGCCGUACUAUGGCUGCUGUCAACGAGGGGCAUCGCCAAGUUGAAGAAGAGUUGGAUAAGUGGUUUAGGGACAAGGCUCGCUGGGCUCGCGAUCUUCGCCUUUACAAAUAAACUGUUUUCCGU